AUGUCUGACGGAUUUGCUUCAAAAGAAGAGGUUGAGAAGGUGUUUUCCAAGUUGAGACAACAUCCAGCCAAUCAGGUGUGUUUUGACUGCCCCAAUAAAAACCCAACAUGGACCUCCAUCCCAUUUGGUAUUUUGCUCUGUCUUGAAUGUUCAGCGGUUCACAGAAACUUGGGUGUUCAUAUCUCGUUUGUAAAGUCGCUGAACUUGGAUCAGUGGCAAAGAAUCCAAUUGCGCCACUUCAAGUUUGGCGGAAACCACGUGGCAAAGGACUUUUUCACGAAGAACGGCGGUUCUCAAUUCAUCAACGGGAAAUCAGACCCUACGUCCAAGUAUACCAGUCCCGUGGCGAAAAAGUAUAAGGAAAAGUUGAAGAAAACUGCACAGCAGGAUGCAUUAAAGCAUCCUGAUGUGGUGACGCUCGAUGAUAGCCUGGACUCGUUGCUGUUGGUGGAUGGAAGCUCAUCUAAUGCCGCUUCUACCGACGAUUUCUUUUCCAACUGGACAAAGCCCAUCAACGCGUCCCCUUCGCCUUUGGCCUCCAGAUCUGCCACUCCUACUCCUUCGGAAGACCUACAACUCCCCAAAAAGACAGCUGCUCCACGCAUGUCAACUAGAGCCAAGGCCAAUUCUGCCUCCACAGCUAAAAAGCUGAUUUUGGCUGGAAAGGGCAACGGGCCUAGAACUUCCAGAUUGGCUGCUAGAAAGCUCAAGCUGGAGGAGGAGAUCGACUUCGACGAGAUCGAAAGAAAGGCUAAGGAAGAGGCUGAGGAGGCGAAGAAGUUGGGUUACAACCCAGCCACCGAAGCUCCAGCUGUUUUGGAGAAGCCUCUGCCAAAGAAAAAUUCUUUGUCGUUGAGUGGAAGCUCUGCGGCCUCUACCCGUGAGACAUUGGCGGCAGCACCUAUUCAGGAAACUACUGUUCAAUUCCAGAAGUUGGGAUUCGGAAUGACUCAAGGUGAAAACGUGGUGGCCAGUGCCAACAACAAGAAGUACAAGGAGGUGAAAUAUACUGGCGAGGUUGCCGGCAAGUACGGCACCCAAAAGGGUAUUUCGUCGGACGAGUACUUCGGGCGGGGCCCCAGAUUUGAUGAGACAGCCAAGACAGAGGCCCGCCAGAAGCUCCAGGCGUUCAACGGUGCGCUGUCUAUCUCUUCCAGUUCGUACUUUGGAGAAGAUGAGCAGGCUCAGCAGGGUGGUGCUCCACGCGCAGCACGCCCAGGUCAGCAAGGCAUUGGUUUGGGCGACUUAGAGAACGCUGCCCGGGACUUUGCCUCAAAGUUUUCUGGCAACGCCAACCAGGACUUGGAAGUGUUGAAGGAUGCAUUGGAAGAUGGUGCUACCAAAUUGGGUGGCUACUUGCGGGACUUUUUACGUUAG